AUGUCCACCUCGAUCCAUACCUUCUCAAUAACUCCACUAACUCAAUUCUCCAACCGAAAUUCCCAGAUCCGUCGUCCCCAGGUAUCCCUUCCCCCCGUCCACUUGCCCCUUCUAGCUUCAAUCUUACCCCACAGCAGGAAAUCACACACUUCUCAUACGACGAUCACCGUCGCCUCCAUCACGACCAGUCUUCGCUCAAAUCCUACUACCCCCCGCCGCUGGGCAGCGAUCUAUCGAGUGGGUUUGAGAGCUUCCGGAAGCAUGAUAGUAGCAUUGACGAGCAUUUGGAUGGUCUAUUGGAAGCGAUCGUUGAGUUAGAGAGGCGGAGCGGGAAGAAAGUUUCUGCCGACGUUAUCACCUGGAGAGGAAUGAUGACUAAGGUGUGCCACCCUCUUCUCUCAUGCUCUGCGAAGCCAGAGCGAAUCAAUGAUGCGUUGUGGCUGAUAUUCUGAUAGCUUAUGACUUUGCCUUAUGACAUACGAGAUGGGUCAGUUGUGAUGCCCUGCCUCAUCUCCACCAUUGGCGGGUUCAUCGACAGUAGGCUAAUGCGCACAGCUUCGAAAUGAAUGCUAUCAAAUUCCAAGUAUUUCCCCCACCACCUCCCCGCCCCCCCUUUUGUUGACAAUCUCAAAAUCUCUCUGGCUAGGACUCAAUGUACUAUCCACCCUCCAUCCACCAACCAUUCCCCGCUAACCGCCCCCUCCAGCUUCAUCGAAGAAAACCACUCCUACCAACUAAACUCCCAAAGCGUGCCGUACCCCCGCCAAGAUUUAAUGACAUACUGGGGUAAAAUACCCCCUCCUCCCUCAACCUCCCCUGCGCUAAAUUCAUCUGUGUAGGCUAUAAAUUCGAAGAGAUCUCCACUCUGCCCGGUAACCCUUCGGACUUUUCCCGCGAGACCAUAGAAUCGCGCGACUACAAUACUGUGAAUAACGAGCAACAGUUCUGCUCGAUUGUUAAGACUGGUUUCGGUGGUGUGAGGUUGAUUAUUGGUGGAGAGGUUGACGCUGGUUUAGUUCCCUCUCCUUCUACGCCUGCCAUCCGAUGUAUUAACAACCGAGAGCAUCAGUAUGGGACCAAAACCCCCCCCCGGAUCCACUCAACAAACCCCCGGUUUACGUAGAGCUGAAGACCUCAAAAACCCCACGGCGUCCGCAUGAACAUGUCAAUUUUGAGCGCAAGAUGUUGCGCUUCUGGGCGCAAUCGUUCUUGCUUGGGAUAGCCAAGAUUGUGGUCGGCUUUCGCGACAACGAAGGUAUCCUCGAGGGAUUGGAGGAGAUUGAGACAACGAGUAUUCCUGGUAUCGCAAGACGUAGUGGGCGGCAGCUCUGGGACGGGAAAGUUUCCAUUGACUUCACAACUACGAUUCUUGAGUGGAUAAAAGAGACCAUCGGACGUGCUCCCGAAGGCACCCUCUGGCGCCUUGCGCAUGCUCCAGGGUCUAACACUGUUGACUUAUCUAUACUCCCUCAAAAUUCCUUCUUGUCUUCUACAUUUCUAGAGUGGCGGAUUAUUAUGUAAACUCAUACCCUUUUAUCCAUUA